UUUUACUGCCUUCUUUGGUAAUUCCUCUCCACCUUGCGGCCGGUGACGAUGACGUCAUUUGUUUAUUACGCAGUUCGCGCUCAUGUUGUAACAUGAACAACCCAACCGGAAGAACUGCUGUUUCCUUUCUAAGAAACAGAAACUUCUUCUCUUCUUCACGGACGUUUUACUGUAUUUCCCUCUAAAAAGGCUGAGUGUUACCCGAUGCCCUCUGGCGCCCCCUGCAGGACAUGGAGCUACUGCAGUCCCAGCAGGACAAUCUGAGCCUGUGGCUUUCAGCAGAUUCUGCUCACAUCCUCAAUGAGUGCGGAGACAUUUUAAGUGCAAAUGAACAUAAGAAGAUAACAGAGCAGCAGAAGGAAGAGCAGAUGAGCCUCCUGCUGGAAAUGAUCAUUAGUAAAGGACCAGACACCUGUGAGGCGUUCAUGGACAUCCUGAGGAGGAAUCAGGAACGGUACCAUCAACUCCAGGAGUUCUUCAGAUUCUCCUCUGACGAUUCUGCUGGUACAUCGAUAUUUGCUGAUGAAAACAGUGUUGUGACCAGCAGUACGCUCCGUAAUAUAAAUACAAAAUCUCUCACAUAUAAGGUGGAAACAGUGAGCAGCCCAAGAGGAAAUUCAUCUGUUAAUUCUGCAUCAGGCGCUCAUUAUACUGCAACAGGUGGGAGUGUCAUCGUUGCUGACAGGAUAGACGGAGCCAAAGCUGAAAACAUAAACUUCUCUGUGAACAUUAAACCAUCCCAGGUCCCCUCAGCUCCAGCAGGAACUGCUGACGAUCUUAGGCAGCACCCAGCUGGAAAGACGAUCAUAGAGAAGAAGGUGAAGCUGAUCGAUUGCCUGAUGGCCGAUCAUCGCUACAUCCUGCAGUUUGUCGACCAGAAAUCCAUCGUCUCACACAGAGAAUACCAGAACCUGAUGUUUUCCUCCAGCCCACAGGAAACCAUCACCGGGCUUCUGGAUCUGGUUCUCAGCAAAGGCCCAGAGAAAUGUGGCGACUUCCUUCAGCUUCUCAAAGAUCCUGAAGUUCUGGACACAUUUCCCCUGCUGAGUGACAUUUUAGACAUUAGAGAUCAAAAUUAAUAUAUUAAAUGUUAUUUUCUAUACAUAUUUAGGAUGAGUAAUGGUUGAAUCCAGACUUUUAUUUUAGUACCAAACAGCAGCUGGGUAAAAUCAACCCUGUAAUAUUAUUAAUAAUAAUAAUUUUAACAGCAGAGCUAGUUUUUUAUUUGGUGCUUCAGCUAAUUUUGAGAACCAGUUGUGGGCACACUUCUGAAUUUUACUGUUUUUAAUUGAGGAUGAACUACUAAAUAUUAUUUAACGGUUUCCACAUGAAAGAUUUUAAAUUGUUUAAAAUGUAAAUGUAAGAUUUAAGUCAAUGGCUGUGAUAUUUAUUUUCAUUUUGAGCCAGUUGUAUCAGAAUGUCAUAAAGUAUAAAUAGAAGUCUGUAUUCAAAAAGCACUUUCUCAUUAAAUAUUGAAUAUCUUUACACGUUGA